AUGGGUUUCUUCAGCAAACUCAAGCACAAGUCCAACGAGGCAGCGUCCCGAACCAACGCAGAGAAGAACAAAUCUGUUGCGAAGAGCAGUCGCGCCCCGUGGAGGACCCGUGCUACGGCUACUGGAAAUUAUGUCGACGACAAGAUCCAGGCGCACAGGCACAAGAAUCAAGCUGAACUGGAAAGUCACAAAAUGAGGGUAUAA